GGAAGGGAAGCCGAUUGCUAUAAAGCUGUGGAGCUUGAAUGAUUGCAGAGAAAAUCACGUUAGUACAUAUGAGACCAGACAAAGAAGAGAAAAUUUGACUCAAAAUGGGUAGAGUUAAAAAAGGACAGAGAAUGAAGAGGAAAGACUUGUGUGCAAUGGUUGGUGGCAUGGAUGCUUUGGUCAGAACAAUGAGGAGUGUUAACAUUUCAAAGACAGAUACUGGUUACUCUUCAAAAAUCUGGUCUGAACUCUCUCAGAGUCUGUUUGGUGAAGAUCAUAAGAAAAACCGUCAUUGGCUAUGGGUGAUGUGGACCACAAACCGAAAUGGAGUAAAGGACUUGGUUACUAAACAACAGACAAAUGAUCCUCAGGUAAUGAAUAAUAAAGCAACUGAUUGUGAAACUGAGGAGCCAUCAGUAUUCAAGACAGACAAAAAUGAUGAAGAAAGACAGGUUACAGAAGAUGAACAACAGGAUGUGUCAUUGCAGAAUAUAGUUCAAGUGGAGGAAGCCAUCACAGAUGUUGAGGUAGAAUUAGACCAAAUUGAUGGAGAAGAUGAACAACAGAAUGUGUCAUUGCAGAGUGGCAUCCAAACUGAACAUGGAAAAAGAGGGAACACAAAACAAUGGAGAAAGAUGCCAGUGUGUUCAAAAAGGUUCAUAAUUACAGUGAACAGAAAGAAAUGGCAAACAGUUGUUCCACUGCAAGGUUCUACAAAACUGAGACAACCGUGGACCCAUGUAUUGUACAACAGUUUCAGAAAGAAAAAUCCUUGUUGUACCCUUUCCUUCAAGAGCCAGCAUAUUAAAACUCCUCACAGCCGGAAAAUUAAUAGUCCGUAUUUAAAUAUUACAGCAGUUUGUACAUUCCCUUCCUGCAGUGCAAAAUACUUCUUUAAAAGGAAAAAGGAGCCAGUGGCAGACAACCCAGUUAAGAUCUCUGUGCUACAAAAAGGACAAAUUGCACACAAAAAAAGUGAACGAAAAUUCAGACCAGCAACAAACACAAAGAAGAGGGAGAAUCGCAAGAACCUUAGACAAAGGAGUUAGCCAAUUUUCUCACAGUA